AUGACGCUGGUGUUCUCGGUGCUGCCGGUUGUGGCGCUGGACACGUCGUACAUGGUGCAGAGCGUGGCCAUGUCCGCCGCGUCGUUCACAAUCCUAUUCAUGCGCGUCAAGGUCGACUUCCGCUCCCUCCUGUGGUGCACCGUCGGCGGGGUGCCGGGGAUUGUUUUCGGGCUGGAGGGGGUGGCGCCGCGGCUGACACCCAGUUACACUAAAAUGUAUUUCGUGGUGAUCUGGUUCGCCUUCGCGUUCUCCCUCUACUUGCUGAACCGGAACCACGGCCGUCCAGUCUUCGGCAAGGUGUACGACUUCGACAGGGGCGCGAUCGGCAUCCUGGGGCUGCGGAUAAAAUGGAAGGCGUUGGUGCUGAUGGGCUUCGGAUUCGUGGGCGGCAUCUUCACCGCCAUGACGGGCAGCGGGAUCGACAUCUGCGCCUUCUCCGCCCUCACCCUCCUCUUCCGGGUGUCCGAGAAGGUCGCCACGCCCACCUCCGUCAUCCUCAUGGCCGCCAACUCCUGCGUGGGCUUCACCUACCGCCAGCUCGCAAUGGGCGGCGUGGAGGAGGACGCCUGGAGCUUCUUCGCCGUGAGCGUGCCCCUCGCGGUGAUCUUCGCGCCCAUGGGCUCCUUGCUGGGCUCCCACCUCCACAGGCCCUGGCUGCAAGGCGACGACGACGGCAAGAUGGACAACGAAGAUCCCGCGCACCUCGUGCCCACCUCCGGGGCCAUCCUCGUCGGGGGGGCCGCGUUCUUCAAGCUGAUGGAAGUAGCUGGAAUGAGGUUGCAGGACGUCCAGGAGCGGAGACUGAAGCAAGGACCCGGUGCUCUGCAGCUGGCGAGUGGCGCCGUGCGCGCGGACGCGUCCGCCUCCUCUGGAUCGGUGACGUCCACAGGCACUGACGAUGCGGAGGUGCAGUGUCUGCACUGUUGA